CAAGUGCUGCCCUCCCCCGCCUGGGCCUGCGCCCGGGCCUGGCGCUGCUUCCCCGCGGCCGUUCUGUCGCGUCCCUUCCGGGGUAGGCGCAGGCCCGGGUUCCCGGUUGGCACUGAGGGAAUUGUGUGCGUUCCGCACCGAGGCUGUUUGUCAGGACAGCGGAUAAAAGCCAAAAUGGCCUCAGGUGCGGUAGCGAACGCCCCUCCUGCAGGAGGAGCAACUGAUGUGAGCCUGGAGGAACCAAAGAAGAUGACGAGGGAAGAUUGGAGGAAAAAGAAAGAAUUAGAAGAACAGAGAAAACUGGGGAAUGCGCCUGCUGAAGUGGAUGAAGAGGGAAAAGACAUCAACCCUCAUAUUCCUCAGUACAUCUCCUCAGUGCCAUGGUACAUAGAUCCUUCCAAGAGACCCACACUAAAGCAUCAGAGACCUCAGCCAGAGAAGCAGAAGCAGUACAACUCCUCUGGAGAUUGGUACAAACGAGGGGUUCAGGAGCACGCCGUGGCCACGCGGUACCGCAAGGGAGCCUGCGAGAACUGCGGGGCCCUGACUCACAAGAAGAAGGAUUGCAUGGAGAGACCCAGGAAAGUUGGAGCAAAAUACACAGGCAUGAACAUUGCCCCAGAUGAGCACGUGCAGCCCCAGCUGAUGUUUGACUACGAUGGGAAGCGCGACAGGUGGAAUGGGUACAACCCAGAGGAGCACAUGAAAAUUGUGGAGGAGUACUCCAAGGUUGAUUUGGCCAAACGUACCCUGAAAGCCCAGAAGCUUCAGGAGGAGUUGGCAUCAGGGAAGCUGGAGCAAGUGAACUCCCCAAGACACCAGUGGGGAGAAGAGGAAUCAAAUUCACAGACAGAAAGAGAUCAUAACAGUGAAGAUGAAGAUGAGGACAAGUAUGCAGAUGACAUUGACAUGCCUGGGCAGAACUUUGACUCGAAGAGACGCAUCACAGUCCGAAAUCUGCGCAUUCGGGAGGACAUUGCCAAGUACUUGAGGAAUCUAGAUCCAAACUCUGCUUAUUAUGAUCCCAAAACAAGAGCAAUGAGAGAGAACCCUUAUGCCAACACGGGCAAGAAUCCAGAUGAAGUUGGGUAUGCAGGUGACAACUUCGUUCGCUACACGGGCGACACCAUUUCCAUGGCACAGACCCAGCUGUUUGCCUGGGAGGCUUAUGACAAAGGCUCUGAAGUUCAUCUUCAAGCAGAUCCUACAAAAUUAGAACUCCUCUAUAAAUCUUUCAAAGUGAAAAAAGAAGAUUUCAAGGCACAGCAGAAAGAAAGCAUCCUGGAGAAGUAUGGAGGACAAGAACAUUUAGAUGCUCCCCCAGCUGAACUUCUGUUGGCUCAAACAGAAGAUUAUGUGGAGUAUUCUAGGCAUGGAACAGUCAUCAAAGGACAGGAGAAAGCUAUUGCUUGUUCUAAGUAUGAAGAGGAUGUGAAGAUCAACAACCAUACAUGCAUUUGGGGCUCAUACUGGAAGGAAGGCAAGUGGGGUUACAAGUGCUGCCACUCCUUUGUCAAGUACUCCUACUGUACAGGAGAAGCUGGGAAGGAAAUUGCUAAUACAGAGGCAAGUUUAAUGGAGGAGCAGCCUGAGGAGGCAGAGCACAUGACAAAACCCAAAACACUGAUGGAGAUCCACCAAGAGAAACAGAAAGAGAAGAAAAAGAAGAAGCACAAGAAGAGCUCAAAUUCUGACAGUGAGGGUGAAGAGAAAAAGAAGCAAGAAAAACUAAAAAAGGCUCUAAAUGCUGAAGAGGCUCGACUUCUCCACAUCAAAGAAAUCAUGCAGUUAGAUGAGAGGAAGAGGCCAUACAACAGCCAGUAUGAAACCAGGGAGCCAACAGAAGAGGAGAUGGAGGCUUACAGAAUGAAAAGGCAGAGACCUGAUGACCCCAUGGCCUCUUUCCUUGGGCAGUAGUCUCAGGAGGCACCAUUCCAGUACAGGAGACUUUUUCCAGUUGUUUACAACUCUCUGUAGACACUUGAUUCCCUUGCACCUGUCUAAAAUGGCAGAAACCUUUCUGUGCUCUGAAGAAAUUUGCGAAAGCUUCUUUCAGCAGACAUGAGCAGUCUAGUUCUUACUGGAGUUCUGUAAAUGUGUGUGUAUGUAUACAAAUACAGGCACAUAUACACACAUAUGUAUACACAUAUAUGUAUAGAUUAAAUAAAUGUAUAUGUAUAGAUUAAAUAAAUUCACCCACUCUGUAAGAUCUUGAAGGAGAUCUGACUGAAAUCCUAGGUUUAUUUGGCCAACUAGUGUGUAUAUAUUUAUAUAUUUGGCUAACUAAUGCAUAAAGUUGUGAUACAAUAAAACUGACUAGUCAGAAGAAAUGGUCAGCAGGUGUCAAUAUAGAACAAAAAUUGUUGACAAAAUUUGGCACAACUACUACUAGAGCUUCUUGCUUGUAAAUCCUGUAUUGUGACUAAAAAAUACAUAGUUUCUUGAUCACUUUGCAGUAAGUACUUUGGAAAUGUAAAAGUUAAUUGCUUUGUUCUGGUUAAAUCAAGAUAAAGAUCUUAAGUGCUGUCUAGCCUUUUAAAUGAAAGGGUUGAAAGAAGCUGACUGUAGAGCUUUUAAAUUCCAAUUGUUUCUUCAGAUAUAUUUUUACAGAAAUUUCAGUUGUAAAGAUCUGUGUUCUUGGGUUUCCUUUUGGUAACAGUGUCCUGUUCCAUGGUGUGACACCAAGUGUCAGCUCUAAUCCCCUGUGAGAACCUGAAGCAGCAUCUGCUUUGGUUUGGCAAUGUCAGUCCUUAAACUGGGAGUUUUCCCCUUUUAACUGAUUAAAGUUGAAGAACUGGGUGAAAAACUGCACAGCAUGACUUCAGAGUUGGAAGACUUGGGAAUUACUUCUGUUGAGGCUUAAACUGUUUUUGAAAGACUUUAUAAAGGAGGUAAUUCAGAAAUAACACAAAGGAAAUUUCAAGACUAACUUUGUCGAUUCAGUGCAUGGGAACGUUAAUACAUCGAGUCUUUACUGAAUUUAUGUGAAGUGAUUGGUCAGGGAUUAAAAUUCAGUCCUAAAUUUAGGAUACUUAGGUUUCACCAAUGAGUCAAUCCCAAGUACCUGGGGCAGUAGUUGAUCCUUGCCACAUUUUUAGUCUGGACUGUAAAGAAAGAGAGCUCCUUUAAAGGGUUGGCAGGUUAUUUAUUUUAACCUUGAGAGGACAGUGUGUUACCCUGAGACUUGUUCUUAAACAGCUGCAACACUUUUUUUAAAAACUUAAUAUUUAAAAAAACCUCAUGCAUGCAUUUCCAGCUGGAAUACUCCAGUCAGAUGGAUUAAACAUUUGUCAGAAUAAAUGGCAGGAAAUGUGAAGCAAUGCUGAUACACUCAGAACCUUCCAGGAAUAAACAGACCUGUCUGGUUUUCAUCAAGAAUAUGAAAUGGCCUUUCUCCUCUUUGGGAGUUUAUUCUGGGUGCAGCAUUUCAUGCACAGAACUAUGGAAGAUUAUUUCUUGGAUCAUGAGCUUUUUGCACUUGCCCCAGUUACUAUACAGGCUUCUCCAAGAACAGGGAGGAGUAUGGUCAGAAAUUAAAAAUACCAUUUUGCUCUUUGCCUGCCCAGAAGUAAUUAUGCAUUGGGCUACUAAAAUACCAGUCCUGCUUGGAAGCAAAUGUUUCAUGCUAAUAAUUUUUAUGAUAAUCAAUAUAAAUCAGCAAGGAGUUUUUAUAUGGAAAAAAGUUACUAACAUAAAAUGAUAAAUACUAACUUUUAGAUUGUCAACAACCUUUCCAUGGGUUGAGAAACAAAUGGUUUAGAUAAUAAAAUACUUUUUUGAGGUGA